UUGAGAAACAGUGUUGAUGCAUUGCGGGUGUCUCAGUCUGUCCGUCGGUCAAACACGGCACAUACGCACGCACCAUCACACCAUACGUUCACGACCAACACACAGCCAACCCCUCACGCACCCCACCCAGAUGAUGCAAACAACCAUUCGGUGCUUUCUAGGGGGGAUGGAUACCAUACCUGUCUGUCUGUCUGUCGAAUGGUGCUGGCCCGCUGUGGCUCGAACAGCAGCAAACGUUUGUACGACGUCGAUUCUCAGGAGACGCUUCUUCUCGCCACCAGAGAGGCCCCGCUGCUUCUCGUCACCAACCACCACAUCACCAGCAGACAGGACUGCCCCCCGCACCCCUCAACAUACGGACAUCCCCCCGAAAAAUGACCCUCUACUGUACACCUUGCUCACGCGCUGCCAGCUCUAUCUGGUGCUUGUCGUUGUCACUCUGGACGGGUAAAUAGUGGCAUCCAUCGUGAGAACGCAUGUUGACGCUCGUUUGUUGGGCACCACCAUCACCUGUCAGUCACGGUAGGCAACCACACACACGUGCAGACAACAGCCAGUCAGACAGACAGGAAAAGCACGGGCAUGCCAUGUGUUUCGAGAGAGCUCGCUGUGUGGUGCGCACCUCCCGGCUGGAUCUUGACUUUCCUCAGGAUAAACGGGUCAUCCUCACUCUUCCCCCUGCACACACACACACACACACACACACAUACAUACACCGCACAGAAGGAGAGAGACACGCACGCACAGAGAGAGCGCGCCAGCCAAUACACACACAGUGACUCUUUGUGCGCGCGCGUGCGUGUGUCCAUCCACACGUACUUGUCGCCCACAGGUGUGUCCCCGUCGACACCCUCAUAGCAGCCAACGAGCACGCUGUAGUUCUCGCUGGGCACAGGCGCCUCCCUGCCCGGCUCCCCCAUCCAAUCGAUGAAAGCCUGGACGUCCUUGACUGUCUUGAAACGGUCUGUCUCGAGCCAGCUGGUCACAAGCAAACGCUGGACAUAAGGAGAGUGCUCGAACUUGAAGUAGCGGAUGUCCUCGAGGUUGAUGCGCACUGCUCGCCCUGCCGGGAUGGCCGUUUCCUGUGGAUGCGUCGCCGUUUCCUGCUGUGGGUGCGAACCGCUUCCGCCCAUUUUCCUCCGACUGCUUUGGGACUCUUUCUCCAAGCCAGCAAACCUUCCCUCUCACAAGCAACUAUCAGAUCAUCGCCAUCUUCUUUGCCGCCCUCCGCCUACUGCAUCAUUUCACCAUCAGCUCACCGACAGACAGCCACCAACCUGCACCACACCAAUCAAACCAACCAGCCUCGACGGCAUGGACACAGAGUUCUCAAUCACGUGUAUCUUCAUGCAUACCUUGGACUGCAGUUGCAGCAGCUGGUCCAGGCUGUGCUCGAUGCCCGCCGCUUCAGCCUUCAG